CACAUUGCCCAGGGCUCACAGUGUGAGACGCUCCACUUUGUGCCAGGCCAUACCCUUGUGGGUGAGGGUCUGAAUAUUGUAACCAUGAAACCAACCAGGGCUUUCCUCAUAAACAUGCAGAAUUAUUACAGAGCAGACAACACAUGCACAGUGUGCAAUAACCCUCACCGGAAUAACCAACUCCAGAAGCUACCAUGUGCUCUUGUAGACUGGAAACCAAUCAAUUAUUGUGCAAGGAAGAUCAGCAGCAAGGUCUUCCACUCCACGGUUUCUGCUGCUGAGGAAUCUUCAUCUAGAGUGCAGAAUGACUGGAAGAUAGGUCUUAACCUUGAUUUUGGACCCUUAAAUGCAAAGAACGUGCUGGCUGGGUCUCACUCCACAUUAACUGAAUUUAUUGAAUCCAAGACCAGCACUGACCGAUACACCUUCACCAGUUAUAAACUGAGCUGCACUUAUUACAGUUUUCGCCUUGGUCAUAUAAUUCAGCUAACCAGUCAUUUUAAGAAGGCCUUAGACAUGCUACCAACUUCAUACAACAACAGAACAAAACACAAGUACCGCCAUCUGAUCCAAACCUAUGGCACCCACUACAUCAGUCAAGCAGAGGUGGGAGGUGAGGCAUUGGAUGUCACUGCUCUCAGGACAUGUCAGAUAGCCAUGGACGGCAUUUCAGUGGAUGAAUUAAAAGAUUGUCUAGACAUUGAGAUAAAUGCUGAUUUGACAGGGAAAGUAGAAGCUGGGGCCAAAGCAAACUCUUGCAAACAUUUAACUCAGAACAUGACAAAAGGCGAAAGUUUCCAUCAGACCUUCAACGAGAGGAGCUGGCAGAUUAUGGGUGGAAAUAUGAAUUUCGAUCUCCUUUCCUUUGAUGCCAAGAAGGGAGAAAGUGCUUGUCUCUUUAACAAAUGGCUUACGAGUCUUAAAGAAAUUCCUGCUUUGCUUACUUACUCUCUAGAGCCCUUACAUACACUUAUGAAGUCUGAAAGGCCACAGAAAGAGAACCUCAGGAAGGCUAUAACUGAGUAUAUCAUAGAGAAUGCUCUGCAGAAGGACUGCUUGUGUCCAAGUGACUCUCAGCCCAGUGCAGGUGCGGAGUGUUCUUGUGUUUGCCAUGCAAGUCACCAAAGAGGACAGAACUGCUGUCCUACCAAAAGAGGAUUGGCAAAGCUGAUGUUGACCAUCAAACAUGGCAAUGACAUUUGGGGUGAUUAUAUGAGUAAGACUGAUGCUUAUGUCAAAGUACGUUUUGGUGAUAACAUGAUAAGGACAUCAACCAUAUGGGACAACAAUAACCCUAUCUGGAACUUUUCGGUUGACAUGGGAAUUGUAGAUCUGGCUUCAAUACAUGAGCUGAUGGUUGAGGUUUGGGAUGAGGACAAGAUAGAUAGUGAUGGCCUGCUUGGUACAUGCAAGAAACCCCUGGUUAUUGGGGAGGCCUCUGGUAUCUGUUACCUCAAUCAUGGGAGUGUGACCUACGCUCAGAAUGUGAUCUGCAUUCCUCAUCUUUCUGGGCCCAAAUGUCAGAACUAUUCCCCUUCCAAAGAAAAAUAAAUAAUUUCACUUUCAUUUGCCCAGCUACUUCAUGUCUGUUUUUGUUUAGCUCGGCUUAAUAAAAAAUGUUCAAUAGGCAGUAAAAGUGGUCAAAACUGAACUAUUUUCCUUUUUGUAAUAACGUAUUGAAAUG